AUGGGACCGGAGAAUUCGGCCAAUUAUGAUUAUCUGAAGCAAGCAUCGGUUUGUAUUCAGCAAUUCAUGGACGAAUGUCAUAACGAGAAGGAGCCGAAUGGUCUCACGAUUCUAACAAACGGCAAAAUGAAAGAGGCGGCUGUAUUUGAGAAUUUGAGCGAAUUCAAGAAUCAGAUCACUGAAGAAUUGUCGAAGAUCUCGAUGGCACUAACGCAGUUCAUGGAAUCGCAGAAGAGCGUGAAUGAAGUGCUUCUAGGAAAAGCUAAAUGCACCGCGUGCGGAGCGACGGUCGGCGGCGACGGCCAUAAUCGUGAGAAUUCGCGCGUUUCCGAGGAGCGCCGAAAAGUGUCGGAAGAGGAGGAACACGCGGAUGACGUCGAGAAAGCCUCGUCGGUGGUGUCGAGAAUCGCCUCGAUUGAUACUGAACAGUCGAUUGAUCAGUCUGUCAAAUCGGUGUCGUCGUCGAUGGGAGCACCGGAAGAUGAGGAUGAGAUGAUGAGAGAUGAUGAGCUGGUGCUCAAUUCGAUCAUGAACUCGACGAAGACGGCUGAAGUUGAUGAGAAGCCUGAAUCGUUUCACAUCUCCGAUUAUCUCCAGAAUGUUUUCAUAAAGCAGGAGCCGAAAUCGGAAAUGCCGGAGGAGAAUGAACAGGCUGAUGAUAAGCUUGUGAUCAAUAACAUUUUGGAGAAGAUUUUUGGACAAAAUUACACCGACACAAUCUCAACGGCUGCAAUGGAUCAAUCUGAAUCGCUUGGACGAAUGGAGAAUUUCUUGAACGACUCGAUGAAUGGAUUUGAGCCGUCGACAUCUGACACGCCGAAGACGAGAAAGCGUAAGAACACUCCUGCGAAGGUGCCGAAGCUUGAGAAUAGCGCUGGAUAUGAAUGUCCGAUGGACGGAUGCAACAAGAUUUUCAAGGAAAAAGGAUCGGUUCAUCGUCAUUUUGUCACGCAUAUUGGAAUGAGAUUUAACUGCGACCAGUGCAAAGCGAGCUACACGCAAAAGCACGCUCUGAUGCUCCAUCAGAAGAUUCACCAGAAUCCCGAUGCGUAUCAGUGUCGCGGUUGUGGAACGAAUUACACGACACAGAAUGGCCUGCGUUUGCAUCGUCAGAGAAAUCCGGCUUGCCAAUCGCUGGCGAAUGAAGUGCAGAACAUUCCAAACGAGAUCAAACAGGAGAAAAUAUCGAUGUCGAUUCAGAAUCUUGUAUCGUCGCUCAAAACUCAGACACCGCUCUCUUUAUAG